AUGGCCGCAACAACAACAUCAUCAUCAUCCCCAAUGCCUCCCGCCGAGACAUGCCCCGCCGCGGCGACGAUGCCCCUCCAGGCCUCACACCUCGACACGCGCCUCGCCUCGCCCUCCCUCCCCAUCGUCCUCCGCACCAUCACCCCCGGCGACGCCGCCUCCAUGUCCGCCCUCCUCUCCGCGCCCGAAAACGCCGCCGACCCCAACGCCCGGCCCCUCACCCCGGACCGCUGCGCCGCAAACAUCGCCCGCCAGCGCGCCGACGCCUCCGUGCCCUCGGUGCUCGACCCCGCGGACCCCCGGCGCGUCCUCAGCGGGCCCUCGCGCGUCAACAUGGCUGUCGUCGUGCUCUCGCCUCGCCAGGGCGGGGCAACCUCCGCGGGACACGGCCAGGACGACGCACCGCUGCCCGACGGUGAGGCGACGGCGGCGGAGGAGGAGAGCGACGAGACCAUGAUCGGGCUCGGCGGCUACGGCGCCAUCAAGAACUGGGUCCGCGACGGGAAGCCUCUCCGCGCCGGCGACGUCGGCGUCAUGCUCGACCCGGCGCACCGCGGGCGGGGCUACGCCGCCGAGGCGAUGCGCCUGGCCAUCGACUGGGCGUUUACGCCCGUCAGCGCCGGCGGGCCGCAGCUCGACCUCGUCACCGUCACGACGCUCGCCGACAAUGAGCCCAUGGUGCGCCUCGCCGAGGACAAGCUCGGGCUCCGGGGCAGGGGCGUGCGCCGACCCGCCGAGCACGGUGAGCCCGCCGGCGAGCUGUACUACGAGCUUACGGCGGAGGAGUGGAAGCAGCUAAGACCGAGGGUGUGA